GCGGUUGUUGCCCGCGUAGUUCUCUUGCCGUGUUUGAAUGCAUAGACAACUAACAUCUUGCCCUCUCUCCUCUCCUUCCAGAUUCAUGACUGGGAAAGGGCUGGUCAUCUACCCGGAGAUUGGGGAUAAACUGGACAUUAUCUGCCCCAAGGCGGAGCCGUCCAAGCCUUACGAAUAUUACAAGCUGUACCUGGUGAAGAAGGACCAGGCAGAUGCCUGCAGCACUGUCAUGGAUCCCAACGUGCUGGUGACUUGCAACCGGCCCGAGCAGGAGAUUCGCUUCACUAUCAAGUUUCAGGAGUUCAGCCCCAACUACAUGGGCCUGGAAUUCAAAAGACAGCAAGAUUACUUCAUUACAUCCACUUCUAAUGGGACUCUGGAUGGCCUGGAGAACAGAGAAGGAGGCGUCUGUCAGACACGCUCCAUGAAGAUUGUCAUGAAAGUGGGGCAGGAUCCGAAUGCAGUGAUCCCAGAGCAGCUGACAACGAGUCGGCCUAGCAAGGAAUCCGACAACACAGUGAAAAUUGUCACACAGAGUCCACGCAACAAGGUCCCUGCGGUGGAAGAGCCUGGGAAGCCAGGUUCUGUCAACCAAGAUGGGCAGGAAACCCAAGGUCCCAGCGAUGGAUUCUUUGGCUCCAAGGUUGCAGUUUUUGCUGCGAUUGGUGCUGGCUGCGUCAUCUUCAUUCUCAUCAUCAUCUUCCUCGUCGUCCUCCUGAUCAAGAUCCGCAAGCGGCACCGGAAGCACACCCAGCAGCGGGCCGCAGCCUUGUCACUCAGCACCUUGGCCAGCCCAAAAUGCAGUGGGAACGCAGGCUCAGAACCCAGCGAUAUCAUCAUCCCCUUACGGACUACAGAAAACAACUACUGCCCUCACUACGAGAAGGUGAGCGGAGACUACGGGCACCCCGUCUACAUUGUCCAGGAGAUGCCCCCCCAGAGCCCGGCCAACAUUUACUACAAGGUUUGAGGAGCAGCCUCGGCAACCCGCCAAUGCAAGAGCCCGAGAGCGCCGAGAGCCCUGGGGGCAGCCGCUGGGUCUCCCCACUCGUGCGCUCGCUCUGCGAGGGAGGAAGCGAAACGACCCCCACGGCAAGACGAGGGGAGCGCAAGGGUCUGGCACCAGAUAGUGGAUCACUCGCUCGCACGCUCUCGCUCUGUUUCUCCCCUUUGUAUUUAGUUUUGUAGUUCUCAGCUUUUGUAAUCCCAAGACUUGAGGGUGAGCCUUCAGUAUCCUCCUCUUCUUCUCCAGACUGCACCCUGGCUCUGGUCGCGUCCGGUCGGGGUGCGGGCCUAGCGCCUGCCGCGCGCGGGCGCCGUGCCUUUCCUUGCUCUCGUGGACGCCACUGGCAAACCCGGAAACUCCACUUCCCCUUUUGUGUUUUGGGAUUUCCCUUUGUCACCUGUACGUUAUUGCGUUAAGUACCUGUGUGUCUGGCGCUGCAUCAGCCAUUGCUUCAGUCCAGGAGGGUCCCAGGAGCCUGAACGAGCGCCGGGGCCACAGAGAAGAGCCUCUGCUCCGUGCGGAGCAAGCAGCUUUGGGGGGGAGGAGGAGGAUGCUUUGCCUAGGUGCCAAGGUGCAGACGACUGUGCAGGGAGGAAGCUGGCAAACCCGACUUACUACUACUACUACUAUUAUUAUUAUAAUUAUUUUAAUUUUUUGUAACAUUUUUAUUUUUGUGAAUUCUGGUCCAGAGUCCCGCCACCCACCACCGCCUUCGGGCGCACGCAAUUGCCUCCUUCCACCGUGCCGUCCUGCCGGCCACCGCUGGACGCGGGACACAGACUCCCUCCUUCUCCCAUUGCUGCCAUUUUAAACCUUUGUGUUCGUAGCUGUUGACUCUUGUUUUAGUCUCUUUAUAAAAAGAAAGAAAGAAAAAAAUAUAUAUAUGAUGUCUCAAGCA